UGCAUAUUGAGAAUGUCUCCAUUACCCAGAUUGACAGAAUUUGUGACUGACAUAAGAACACAAAAAAAAAUAAUCAUGCUUAUGCUUUUUAUGGUUUUUGGAUUUAUACCCGGGCAUUCAUCUGCAGUUUUGGGAACCCUCGAUCUGCAGCUUGAUGAGGAACAGCCGGCUGGAACAAUAGUGGGAGAUAUUAGUACGGGUUUACCUCCUGGAACCACUGCUACCUUAUUUUUCAUCUCUGAUGUUAGCGGAACAGGGGUUAGUAGUGACUUGAACAUCGAUGAAACCACUGGUAUUAUCAAGACAGCCAAGGUGCUUGACAGAGAAACGAGGGACCAUUAUAACUUUAUUGCUGUCACUAUGCAGGGAUUAACAGUGGAUGUGACAAUUUUGGUGAAUGACAUCAAUGAUCAUUCUCCUAUCUUCCCCAAGAGCAGAGUAAGUCUGAGAAUUCCUGAACAAACAACAGUUGGAACUAAGUUUCCUUUAGAUCCAGCAACCGAUGCAGACAAAGGUCAGUUUAGCGUCCAGGGAUACUUGAUAACUGAAGGAAACUUGGAUCAUGAUUUUCGUCUGGAGACAAAACAGGGAUCAAAGGAUGUCUUAUAUUUGUAUCUGGUAGUAAAUGGAGUUUUAGAUCGUGAGAAAAGAUCUUUCUAUUCAUUAGUUCUGGAGGCUUUUGAUGGUGGAACUCCAAAGAAAACUGGUCAAAUGAUCCUUGACAUUACAAUUCAAGACAUUAAUGACCAUGCUCCGAUCUUCAACCAGACUCGAUACCAUGCUUUAAUUUCUGAAAACAUGCAACCUGGCAGCUCCGUACUCCAAGUAUUUGCAACUGAUGCAGAUGAGGGUGAUAAUGGACUAGUCCUGUAUGAAAUCAACAGAAGACAGAGUGAUCCAGAAAGAUAUUUUUUAAUUGAUGCACAUACUGGUAUAAUUACAUUAAAUCAACCCCUGGACUAUGAAAUGAAGAAAGUCCAUGAACUUGUGGUCCAAGCUCAGGAUAACGCCAGUCAACCUGAAAUCACAAAUUCUUUUGUUACCAUUCAUGUACGUGAUUAUAAUGAUAACCAGCCCACAAUGACAAUUAUUUUCCUAAGUGAAGAUGGAUCUCCACAUAUUUCUGAGGGUGCCCAACCAGGCCAGUAUGUAGCGAGAAUAUCAGUAUCUGAUCCAGAUUAUGGAGAGUAUUCCAAUGUAAAUGUGUCUUUGGAAGGUGGGGAUGGUAAAUUUGGAUUAACCACAAAAGAUAAUAUUAUCUACCUCAUUUGUGUUGACAGCAUCUUAGAUCGGGAAGAAAGGGAUUCCUAUGAACUUAGAGUAACAGCUACUGAUUCUGGUACUCCUCCACUUAGAGCAGAGUCUUCUUUUAAACUUCAAGUGACUGAUAUUAAUGACAAUCCUCCACUUUUUGACCAAAAGGUCUACCAACAGGGUAUUGCAGAAAUGGUUUACCCAGGCAGCUUUGUUCUUCAAGUAACAGCACGAGACAAAGAUGAUGGUCCAAAUGGGCAAGUUCGCUACAGCAUUCUUAAAGACCAUGGAACACAUUCUGAUUGGUUUAAAAUUGAUCCAAAUACUGGAAUCAUUACCACAACAACAGAAAUCGAUUAUGAGACAGACCCAUGGCCCAGAAUCACUGUUAUUGCUACAGAUGGCGGUCAACCUGCACUUUCAUCUACAGCAAUAAUUAAUAUAAUUGUGCAAGAUAUAAAUGACAAUAAACCAUUUUUUGGAAGUGAAUCGUACAAUAUUUCUCUGGAUGAAGAUACAGCUGUUGGAUCCUGUUUCUUGAAGGUCACAGCAACAGAUGCAGACAGAGGUUCUUUUGGAAAAAUUUCUUAUUCUAUAGGAUCAGGAACAGGCAGUGUUAUACCUUCACAGUUCACCAUUAACAAGGAGACAGGUGAAAUUUGCACUGUUCUGCCUCUUGACAGGGACCAAGGGCAAGCAACUUAUGAGUUCACUGUUACUGCUAUGGAUGGGGGAGGCUUAAGUUCUGUGGCUCACGUGAAAGUUGUCUUGAUUGACAUGAAUGACAACAGACCAGUCUUCUACCCAAUCAGUUAUGCUGUAAGCCUGAGCACACAAAGUUCACCUGGCACUUCUGUGGUUAAAGUUAUAGCUCAUGAUCAGGAUGAAGGGGAGAAUGCAAAAGUGAUAUAUGACAUAGCUCCUGGUGGAAGUUCCCCAUAUUUCACACUAAACAAAGACACUGGUGUGAUUUCGCUGUCUCGCUCUCUGCAUGGAAAGGAAAAUUCAGUAAUUCACCUUGUUAUAACUGCACAGGAUGGAAGUGGACAAACAGCGCUAGUGAAUGCUCGGGUCAAUAUAAGCAUUGUUGAAGGUUCUGUCACACCUCCUGUGUUUGAACAAACACAUUAUUUCUUCACCAUCUAUGAGGAUGUUCUCCGAGGAACUCCAGUGGGUGCAAUACAAGCAAAAAAUGAGAAUGGUGAUUCUAAGGCAGUAUACUACACCAUCUCUUCAGGAGACCCGUAUGGAUUUUUCACAGUUGACCCUGAGACAGGAGUGUUGCGAACAAGCCUUUCCCUAGAUCAUGAGAUACAGCAAUUUGUAGAACUGGAAGUUCAAGCCUGGAGUGGUACUCCGCCAUCAUUUGGAAAAACCUCUGUUAAAAUUAUCAUUGCAGAUAGAAAUGACAAUGCACCUACUUUUCUUCCCUCAUCCUCAGAGUCCUUACUCUUGCCAGAGGAGACUGAAAUAGGAUCUUUGGUAUACCGUGUAAGGGCAGAGGACAAGGAUUCUAGUCUGAAUAGUCAAUUAAGUUUUGAAUUAACUUCCAGUGAAGGACUGAGAACAUUUAGCAUUGACCGGAGUUUGGGAGAAAUUCGCUUAAUUGGAAGCUUAAACUAUGAAACAAUACCUCACUAUGACCUCAGAAUUGUCGUUAAAGAUCAUGGAGUCCCUCAGCUUAGUUCAACAUUCACACUAGUAGUGUAUGUCCAAGAUGAAAAUGACCAAGGUCCUGUUUUUGACACAUUAACUUACCGUGUGGAAUUAAAGGAAGGCAUCCAACUCAAUACACGCUUUCUCCAGGUGAGAGCACUGAAUCGCGAAACCAGCAGUCUCUCAGGACCUUUGAGUACAGUAGUAUAUCAUCUUCGCACAGAUGGGGAUUCCACUGGAUUUGGCAUUGUUGCUGAUAGUGGCUGGCUAUUUGUUAAAAGUGUAUUAGAUCGAGAAACCAAGGACCUUUAUCUUCUCACAGUUCUGGCAAGUAGUGGAGCAGGACAUCUAAAGAAAACAGGCAGUGCUACUGUGCGUGUUUCAGUGACUGAUGAAAAUGACAAUGCACCCCGGCUGAGUCAGGAACGAGUGUUUUUGGCUUUAUCUGAAAAUAUGCCUCCAGGGACUGGAUUUGGCAGGGUGACUGCAAGUGAUCGGGAUGCAGGUUUCAAUAGUGUGCUCUCCUUUAGACUUAUGUAUUCUGAUCAGAAUUUCCAGAUCAACUCAGAAACAGGUGAAAUCAGUACUCGGAUAAUUUUGGAUCGUGAGCACCAGUCUAGUUAUCAACUAAUUGUAGUUGUGCAAGAUGGUGGCACACCCCCACGUAGCACUACUGGAACCAUUUUCAUUACUGUUUUAGAUGAAAAUGAUAAUGCUCCCUCAUUUGUACAUAUACCUCCUGGACAAGGAAUCAAAAUGCAGGUGUCAGAAGGUAUGCCUUUGGGAACAGUUUUGGGUGUCAUACAGGCAAAGGAUCCAGAUGAAGGAGAAAAUGGGACAAUCUAUUAUUCAUUAUCAGGUUUUAGAGCUGAGCGUUUUCUCCUGAACCCACAUACAGGAGAACUAAGUUUAAGUGUCCCAGUAAAUCACCCUGAAAAAGCAGAAUAUUUUUUUACUGUGACAGCUACAGAUCGUGGAAUACCUUCAAAGAGUACUUCAGCAACUUUGUGUGUUAAGGUUCUAAAUACCAGUAAGAAUGCUGCAAAUCCUGAUUUACCACUAAUAGCCUUGGGUUUAACCGAAGGUAUGAAACCAGGUUCAGUUGUGGGCUCUCUGGCUUCACAUGUUCAUGAGAGGAUGUCACACGAAGUUCAAGUGACUUACAUGGUUGUCGGUGGCACUGAUCAUCAAGGCACUUUUGCUGUGGAUAGACUGACUGGAGAUAUUUACCUAGCAAGAGAUUUAGAUUAUGAACUGUCAUCAAAAUAUACUCUCCAAAUUGAAGUUAAUGACAUGCUGAGUGCCCUUCCAACUAGUCAGACAUUUGUUGUGGACAUCAGUGUACAAGACAGCAAUGACCAUUCACCCCAAUUUCCUGAAGACCCAUUGACUAUUGUUAUUCCAGAAAAUUUGGAAGCAGGAUCAUCAGUUUAUACUCUGCAGGCUGUAGACAAAGAUGGGAGUGGCCCAAAUAGUGAAUUAUAUUACUCAAUUGUAUAUCAGUUGCCAGAAAAUAAUGAUCACCUGAAACUUGAUGCUGCAACUGGGGUUAUGACCUUGCCUAGGAGCAUAGAUCGAGAGAAUACUCCAUCACUACUUCUUGUAGUGCAGGCAAUGGAUAGAGCAUUGAACAUAAGCCAGCGACGUUCCAGCUCAGUGACAGUACGCAUCUUUGUAACAGAUGAAAAUGACAAUGCACCUACUUUCACUUCUCCAGCUGCUGUUAGCAUCAUGGAGGACCAGCCGGCUGGAUUUGUGGUAUUGUAUGUGAUGGCAAGGGACCCUGAUUUGGGAGAGAAUGGUCAGAUUUCAUAUAGGAUUAAAUCAGGGAAUGCAGGUGGGAAGUUCAGCCUCAAUCCAAGCACUGGAUCACUUUCUAUUCUGAAGGCUUUGGAUCGUGAAGAGCAGGGACUGUACAACUUAACACUUGUGGCUGAAGACCAUGGAUCUCCAAUUCUUUCGACAGAGCAACUUUUGUCUGUGCAUGUUAUUGAUGUUAACGAUGAAGUUCCACAAUUUGAAAAAACAGAGUUUGAGACUCAAAUAUUAGAAAACCAGAAGAUUGGAACAUCAGUUUUAACUCUGACAGCAGUAGACCGUGAUCAAGGUUCCAAUGGUGUGGUUACAUAUGGAGGCAUUUUAGAUGACAGCUUCUCAAUGGAUUCAGCAACUGGAGUCAUUAAAACAAUGAAAUCUCUAGACAGAGAGACAAAGGAUCUCUAUAUUUUCACAGCCUAUGCUGAAGAUGGUGGGUCUCCACCCAAUUUUGCCAAAGCAACAAUUAAAGUUAAGGUGUUGGAUGAAAAUGAUAAUGCUCCAGUUUUUGAGAAGGACUUAUACUAUUUAGAGGUGCCAGAAAACCAAGACCCAUCUGCUCUUUUGGCUAUAAAGGCAAGAGAUUCUGAUGCUGGUGAGAAUGGCAAAACAGAGUACAAAAUUAUCGAUGGAGACCCUCAUGGCGAUUUCAUCAUUCAUAGUAGUUCUGGAGUAUUUUCUCCCUCUCGACCUCUUGACAGGGAAAGAAUAUCUAGGUAUUCUUUGACUAUUAUGGCACGGGACCUUGGGAAGCCAGCCCUGAGUAGCACAGCCACUGUGACUGUGGUAGUCUUGGACAUUAAUGACAACUACCCCACCUUCACUGAUAGUUCCUUUAUAGUUGAUACCGAUGAAGAUGCCCAAGUUGGUACUCUUAUUCUUGAUGUAACUGCUUCAGAUGCUGAUUAUGGAGAUAAUGGGCGUUUGCUAUAUUUCUUGAGCAAAGAGUCACUGAGUAUGUUUAGCAUAAAUCAAGAAACUGGUAGGAUUACUACGGCUGCCCUGCUGGACAGAGAAAAGCGGGCAACAUAUCGGUUCCAAGUAGUGGCCAUUGACUGUUCCACUGUAAUACCAAAGAAUGCCACUAUUCCUAUCACAAUUAACAUAAGAGAUGUCAAUGAUAACUCACCAUUUUUCAUUCAGGACCCACUUAUAAUAAAUAUUUCUCAAGAUGCCUCCAUCAACAAUGUGAUAGCUACUAUGAGAGCUGAAGACAAAGACUUUGGGGCUAAUGCUUCAAUUUUCUAUCGCUUUACAACUUCAGUGUCAGGCUUUAGCAUCAAUUCAUUUUCUGGGGAAAUUAGGCUGUUAAAGACUCUUUCCAUGAUGUCUCAAAAAGAAAGAACCCUGUUUGUAAUUGCAACUGACCAAGGGACUCCAGCUCGUUCAUCUACAGGAGUGGUGGUGAUUUACAUUAAAGAGGACGAAUACAAAGGUGUGCGCUUUCCACGUAAUUUUAAGGAUGUCAGUUUGCAGGAAAAUGCAAAGAGAGGCACCACAGUUACAAGGAUACAGGCCCAUAAUUCUGAUGGUUCAAGUAAAGGGAUCCUGUACAGUAUUUUCAGUGGAAAUCUGCUCAAUUCAUUUAUUAUUCAGCCAAAUACAGGUGAGAUCAAGGUACAGAAUUCCAAUGGGCUGGACUUUGAACAGACACCCCGAUUACGACUUGUAGUGAAAGCAGAGUCAACUUCAUCUUUUUCCUUUAUGGCUCUAAAUUUGAACUUACAGGAUGUCAAUGACAAUUUACCACGAUUCCAGCUACAAAAUUACUUUGUUUACAUUAAAGAGGGACAUGAAUAUAACUUUCCUAUCAUUCAGGUUUUGGCAGAUGAUGUAGACCAGGGUCAGAAUGGUCAGGUAACUUACUCCAUUCAGUCAUCUUCAAUGAGUGGACUUUUCAGAAUUGAUCCAGUGACUGGAAGUAUAACAACAGCAGCAAUAAUGGACAGAGAAAUCUGGAUGAAAACUACACUGGUGGUAGCAGCAACAGACAAAGGAACCCCUCGGUUAGCAGGCACAGCUUCUCUUACAGUAAUUAUUAUGGACAUGGAUGACAACUCUCCAACAAUCCCACUAAUGAAAGAAGUUAGUGUACCUGAGAAUGCUUCAGUUGGCAUGGAAAUAACCCAAGUUACUGGAAAUGAUGUGGACACCGAACCAGCUCUUUCAUAUUCUCUGCUGUUUGAUGCCAACUCUAUGGAAAAAUUCUGUAUUAAUCAAUAUACAGGAACUAUUUCCUUGAUUGCUCCAUUGGACUUUGAAGAAAAACGCUCUUACACAUUUAAGGUUCAAACCAGCGAUUCCAAACAUAAAACAGAAGUCAAUUUGACCUUUGUUGUGGAGGAUGUGAAUGACAAUGCUCCAGUCUUCACACAAGAACUUUAUCAGGUUGACCUUCCUGAGCACUCUUUACCUGGUAGUCAAGUUGUGACCGUAACAGCUACUGAUCAAGACUCUGGAGAAAAUGGAAAAGUUACCUACAAGGUGGUUUCAUCCAACAAGGACAAGUUUUACAUUGACCCAAUGAAUGGGACCCUGUUUAUAAGUCAGAAGGCAGAAUUUGACCCAGAACAGCCAUCACUAAGGGUAGUAAUAGAAGCACAAGAUGGCGGGACACCAGCUCUUACUUCUAAUGCCAUAGUUUAUGUGCAGGUAUCUGAUCUCAAUGAUAAUGAGCCUCAUUUCCAGCAGUCUGAGUAUAAGGCCACCGUCUCUGAAGACCUUCUUCCUGGGUCCACUAUCUUAACUUUUGAAGCUAUAGACAAUGAUGUAUCAAGAGAUAAUUGUGGCUUUGACUUUGGAAUUGCUGUUGGAAAUCUUGGAAGUGCUUUUCAGAUUGAAAGUAGUGUUCGCUUUUUGGAAGGCCGAGGUUUUCAGACUAUUGGAACACUCAUUUUAGUAGAGCGUCUUGAUUUUGAAACUGUACCAUGGUACAAUCUAACCAUUGUGGCCUCAGACCAUGGGGUGCCCCAGAGAAGUUCCAGCGUGCCUGUUAUUAUUAAUGUAAUGGAUGUAAAUGACAACCCACCUGUCUUUGGUCACACAGAGUAUAGCAUAGUGCUCAGUGAAGGAGCAGCAGCUGGAACCGAGAUUUUGAGACUUUCUGCUUCAGACUUAGAUUCUACACCCAAUGCAGUGGUUCAAUAUGCUAUUCUUUCUGGAGAUGAAGAAAAGAUUUUUAGAGUUGACGAGUGGACAGGAUCACUAAAGCUUUUGAGCCCAUUGGACAGAGAAGUACGAGCUAAAUACAUGGUCAUUGUGAAAGCUUCUGACAAACAGGGUCAGUAUGACCUAGUAGCUGUUACUAUUGAAAUUAAGGACAUUAAUGAUAACAAACCCUAUUUUCCAUUAAGUACAUUAACAGCAAACAUUCAAGAAAAUCAGCCAACUAAUGCUUUGGUAACUGUCCUGCAUGCCAUUGAUGCUGACUCUGGUGACUAUGGGCAGUUAAGUUAUUACAUGAUUGACCAAAGUGGGGAAAGUAAAGCUGCUUUCACUCUGAACCUGACCACUGGAGAGGUGCGAUCUCGAAUGACAUUUGAUUUUGAGAAGAUCAGUUCUUUUCACUUUGUGGCCUUAGCAUUAGAUUCAGGAAACUAUUCAGCCACAAUGACCGUGCAAGUUCUUGUCAUAGGAGAAGACGAAUAUGACCCUGUUUUUAUCACACCAUUAUAUUCAUUUGAAGUUCCAGAGGGUUCUUUAAAAGGACAGAGCAUUGGGCAGGUGGUGGCCAGUGAUGAAGAUGGAGGUCCAGAUGGGAUUGUACUAUACACCUUUGCCAGCAGCUCCCUGUACUUUGGUGUUAAUGAAACUACAGGGAUCAUCUACUUGAAGAUGGACAGCCACAUUCAGUACAGCAGGGGAGGCCGUUCACGAAGGGAGACCCGACAGAUAACCUUGGAGGUUAAAGCUCAUAGUCCAUUGCCAUCAUCUCGUUCUGCAACAGCACUGGUCAAUGUUGAUGUCACACACACCUCUUUCGGAUUAACAAGUGAGGUCAACUUGUUAUUAAUAAGUGUCAUAGCAGCUUCUUUGGGAGUUAUUGUGAUCCUUCUGGGAAUUGCUAUGGUCUUAUUUGUCAUAAGAUCACGGCGGCUACACAAAGAUGAGAAUGCUAGAAUAAAUAGCCCUGCAAUCAUUAAUGUUGUACAAAAGGGGGAUGAAGAUAAGUUGUCAGGAGAUGAAAGGAUGUAUCAUCAAACUCUGCCAGGAUAUAGUGGUGAAAAAAUAUCAGGUAUGGGAGGUACAGGUGGAAUGUCAUACACAAGGGGAGGCUCACUGGACCCUUCACACUCAAGUGGUCGUGGAUCAGCAGAGGCAGAGGCUGCUGAAGAUGAUGAAAUACGUAUGAUCAAUGAGUACCCGAGAAUGUCAAGUAUAACUUCUUCAAUGCAGGAUCAUAUUUCUACACGAGGUCCUGAUUCAGGAAUCCAGCAAGAUGCAGACCAGCUUUCAGAUAUAUCAUGCGAUCCAGCAGUGGAUGCCGGACAGUGGUUCAAAGGAAAGAAAGGUGGAAGCAUUUGUGGGACAAUGUUGUCAGGACAGCAUCCUAUUUACAGAGAUGAAGCAGUAGGCUACUUGGGUGUUGGACGGGGGCUAAACAUUUCACAUUCAAAAGAUUAUGCAUUUCCAGAAGAUGGCAAACCCUUAGUAGAUGGUUCUCUCACUGCCAUAGUAGCUAGUGACGAAGAACUUAGAGGCAGCUACAACUGGGACUACUUAUUAAAUUGGUGUCCCCAGUUUCAACCUUUGGCAAAUGUUUUUACAGAGAUUGCCCGGCUAAAGGAUGAAAGUGCACCACCCAAUCUUCGACGACCCUUUCAGCCUAAAACAAAAAUUGACCCAAAACCAAGGAUUGAUCCACCUCCUCUUAUUACCUCUGUAGCCCACCCAGGGGCAAAAUCUGUGCCACCUAAACCAGCAACUGGUCAGACCUUUCCAAUUUUUUCUUCCCUCCGACGGUCUCCGAUCAAUCAUGAGGGCUCUAUCUCAUCAGCAGCCAUGUCCCCAAGUUUUUCUCCUUCACUUUCUCCAUUGGCUUCUCGUUCUCCAGCAGUCUCUCCUUUUGCUAUUACCCAGGGACCUUCUGCUUCCAUGAUCAGCCCAACAGAAAACACACUAGAUCAUUCAGAGGAAGCAGAGAUUAGAAUUUAAAUUGCCAAACCGUUAACUUUUCAUCUAGUCUUAACCCUGUACGAUAAAGCUAAUACCUCUAAGGAAUUGAUUUUAUCAAGUUAUCGGUUAGUGCAGUGUGACCAUGAAAGGAGAAUAUUUUCAGACUGAUACUUCAGGAUUUGAAUUCAUAAUAAAGACUAUUUUCAGACUGAUACUUCAGGAUUUGAAUUCAUAGUAAACCAUUUAGGAAAUUUAACUGACUAAAAAAGGAGCAGCAAAAACUACCCAUUUUCAUUUCCUUAACAAACUAUUUAAUUUUUGUUGCCGAUAAUGGACGGUGGAGAAGUAAAAGUUUUUUACUCUUAUCAUUUUACCUAAUAAUGUAUGUCUAAAACCCUAAUCAAUUGUAUGUAUUUUCAAUUGCAUAGUUAUUCACCAAACCAAAAAGCGUACUUGUCAGCUAUUGGUAAAAACAAGUAUCCACUAUGACAUCCAUGAGUAUAAACAGUGAGUAAUGGUUAUCUCAUUCAAAUUUAAAUUUGUUUUGAAAAAUUCAUAAUAUUCAAGUGUCAUGGACCUUUAAAGUGCAAAUGUUUUUCAUAUCAAUAAAAUAAUGCUUUUGAACUCUAAUUUAAAACAAUAUGCUAGUGUUCUUUACAGAGUAUUCACUUUUGACUGGGAUUUUCUGCAUUUUGGCAGUAAUUUGCAUAUUUGUGGUUUUGAUGUAUUUCAACUAAAUCUGCCAGAUCAGUAUCUGUGCCUACAUGACAGUGUCAAUUAUAGUUUGUGUUGUCUUCACUGGCUGGCCAGGGGGCAGAGAGUUUGUUCUUUAAAUAACAUGGUGAUAAAUAAUAGAGGACCAUUAGUAAUGUUAUAUAUUGGAAACUAAAUAAGGCAUCUACAUUUUUUGUAAUUUUUUUUUCAGUGUUUCUUUUCGUGGUGUGUUUACAUAAGCUGUUAUACAGUAUUUUUCUGUGUAAAGGUGUAAAUACCAAUUUAAAAUUUCUUUGUUAGAAAGUAAAGAAAACAGUCAUGUUCACUUUUAGUGAUACCAUAUCAAAAAUUGUUAACUGGCAUGGUCAUGUACAGCAGGUAUGUACGGUAUAUAACUCACUUGGCCACCACAAGGCCAUUGUUUCAGACCAGAAAUUAGAAGAAAGUCUUCAAGCGAAAGGACUUACUGUAAGUCCAGAAGCUUCAAAGAAAACUCUUUGAUCGAUCAGAACACCAUUCUGACACAGAAGACAGCUAUGUCCUUAGACAACUGUAGUUCUUAACCAGCCUUCAGUAUUAUACAAGUGGCCCGUGGACGCAGGUUCUAGUUCUGCAUUACUCUGCAUAUCACACUGGGUGAGACCCUGCUGCAGUCUCACAAUGAGUACAGAGGAAUGUGCCUUAUGUAAAGAACUUAACACACCAUUUUUAAUUGUUGGGCAUGUGAAAUCUGUAAGGUGCCAGUAGUUGAUAGAUCCAGAUGUUCUACAUCUCUAGGUGUUCCUCAUAUAGAUAUAGACAUACACGUAAAUACGCACAUGACCUUGUGUGGUUAAAAAAAAAAUCUGGUUAUCAUUGUUUUUCAUGUGUGCAACUGUAAUGCUAUGUGGUACAUGUUUUGUUUGAUGUGGUGGAUAUAUUAUUAUAUUAUAAUAUUUUACAUGUAUAAAUUAUUUUACAGAGGGAACAUAGCAGAGAGAGAUCAUUAAUGGAUCUAUGUAAACUGAUCCUGACAAUACAGACCUGUCAUCAUUCUUGACCAUUCUUAAUUUAAAGAUAUCUGUCUUUUAAAUUUUGUUUUAUUUGUUUUUUUUAUAUUAUUUCAUGUUUCACUUAAAAUUAUUCAUUAUUGUAUUAGUUUAUUUCUGAAGUGUAUUUAUGUGUGAUUUGAUUCUCCAUUUUCUUAUCAGAUUCCCUAUUCAGGCCUUUUCUGUUACAGGCAGAUAUACUUUUAUUAUCAAAUCUUUAAAAAAUCACUUUAUUUAAAGGCCUAAAAAUUAUGUUAAAACCUCCUUCGAGGUAUUAGUUUUAUCAUAAUUAUGAUUUCAUCCUUUUAAUCAGAAUAGUAAUAUACUUUAAGUUGUUGUCACUUUAGUCAUAAUAUUUUGGGAUUAUUCUGAAAUAUGAAGCAAGGGUGACAGUUUAAAAUCAAAUAUAACAGGAAAGUGACCAGUAAUUGAAAAAUGCCUUUAUAAGAAAUAAGUUGUUACUUGAAACAGACUCUUAAAAAGCAUGCAAUAUGCAGGUGGCCAUUCCACAAAGUGCCCACAGUUAGUCAACUCCAUCUUCAUUUUGCUUCCUUUUUUAUUUAUUUCUAGCUCUGUUUUAACAGAAUUACUGGCCUGAUGAAGGUUGUUCAGGUUAGUCUUAGAGACUGUAUGUGUGGUUAAGCUUUUGUCCAUGGUAUGUCUGGUUCUCCAUUUUCUUUUUGCCUUGUUUUGCUUUGCCAGUGUGAGUAAUAAGAAGUGAGACUGGAGAUUUGUGUAACAGGAAUCUCUUAUAUCCUGGAUUGUGUUUAAGUAAAACUAAAGUUCAUACUUUCAUCGGUGCCUAGUUAAAAUACAUUACAGUCAAAAAAAAAAAACCUAGUGCAUAGCAAGAGUAACCCUAGUGCCAGUCAACACUAAGCUUUAAGAAUGCAAUAAAGAAAGCAAUAUGUUUUGAUAUCAGCAUUUUAUAAAUCAGUGUAAAAAAGUGCAUGUGCACAUGACUGGCAUUUUCAUAGGAUACCAUGUGUUAGUACAGAAUAAAUUACUUUUUUUAUUAUUUUUAUUAAAAAAUUAAAUUCAAAUGCAUUUGAAUUUGCUUUUACCUUAUGCUAGAAAUAACUUGUCCAUGUUUAAAUAUUUUUCUGUUCAAUUUGUUUUGUUUUGUUUUUUUUUUUACUUCAGGAUUUAUAUUAUGAAAGAGGGGUUUAUUUUUUCCUAGUGAUAAGCAUACUGUUUUCCUUUCUGAUGUCUGCUUUUAUGUAAAUACAUUGCCAUCUCUCUUCUGUAUUUUUGCUUUUACCUGUAUAUUUUGUACUGCAGAGCUCUCUGUGGCAAUUACAAUGCAACAAGCUGAAUAUUAAAGACAAACUGAACAGUU